AAGGAGGGAAAGCCUCAAAAGGGAAUUGCAGAAGAAGUUGGAUGUUCCCAAAGUGCUAGAGUAUGGAGGAAGAAUGGAGAGGCCCAAGGACCCCGAGUAUGGUGGAAGAAGCAGAGAGGCCCAAGGACCCCGAGUAUGGAGGAAGAAUGGAGAGGCCCAAGGACCCCAGUAUGGAGGAAGAAUGGAGAGGCCCAAGGACCCCACGUAUGGAGGAAGAAUGGAGAGGCCCAAGGAGUCAGAGUAUCAAGAAUGGAGAGGCCCAAGGACCCCAGUAUGGAGGAAGAAUGGAGGGCCCAAGGACCCCACGUAUGGAGGAAGAAUGGAGAGCCCAAGGACCCCAGUAUGGAGGAAGAAUGGAGAGGCCCAAGGACCCCGAGUAUGGAGGAAGAAUG